ACGUCCUUACUUUACUUUUUCCAUAAUUCUUCACGGAACCAUUAACCCAAAAAAAAAAAAAAAGAAAGAGUGGUCGCCUGUGCCGGAAAAGAAGACGAACCAUGGCCUCUGUGAUCGUUUAGUCACCUUGGUUUUGUCAAGGACUAGUGAAAAUGGUUUUUUACCAAAUUCUCUACCCAAGAAACACAAAAGCAAAAGCCCAGCAGAGAGAAAACAACAUAUUUUAGUGCUUCAGAUUCACCCAAAGAGCUUGCUCAAGAUCGAAGACGAUUGGAUGGCGACCCAUAUGAUCGUGAUGACAACGCUGGAGAGGAAAUCAAUUUUGAUUUUUCUUUUUAAUAUAAUAUUUAUUUAUUUGGACACAUGGCAUUAGUGGGUUGGCUAUGUGUGCUCAAAAUUCCAAGUCAAAUGGUCGCACAUAAGCUUUUUAUUCAUUAAGAGAUAGAUUGAGUUAUAUCCACGACUAGUGACUGUGUGUUUUCUGGGGAAAGUUUUGGAUCCUUGAAAGGAAAAUCUGAGAUGGGUUUGAUUGAAGACCUCCGUUCCUUCAAUUUGGAGGAAGAAUCCGAUCCAGCUUAUGAGGAUUUCUUAAUUCUUCCACUCUUUGCUCUGUUCUUCCCCUCUGUUCGGUUCUGUCUCGACAGAUUCGUCUUCCAGAAAUUAGGAAGCCGACUAAUUUUCGGAAAGGGGCAUAUGAUGGAUGAACAGACAGAUGAGAGAAGGAAGAAGAUUGGAAAAUUCAAGGAAUCAGCUUGGAAAUGUAUUUAUUUUCUUUCAGCUGAGUUUCUGGCUCUUUCUGUAACCUAUGAUGAACCUUGGUUUACUAAUACAAGAUAUUUUUGGGUUGGGCCAGGAAAUCAAGUCUGGCCUGACCAGAAAAUAAAGUUGAAAUUGAAGGGAUUGUAUAUGUAUGCUGCUGGAUUUUACACAUACUCCAUAUUUGCAUUGAUCUUUUGGGAGACAAGGCGUUCUGACUUUGGGGUGUCCAUGGGCCAUCAUGUUGCAUCAGUCACUCUCAUUGUUCUUUCUUAUAUUUUCAGGUUUUCUCGUGUUGGUUCAGUUGUUUUAGCUCUUCAUGAUGCUAGUGAUGUGUUUCUUGAGGUAGGGAAGAUGUCUAAAUACAGUGGCGCUGAAGGGCUUGCUAGCGUUUCAUUUAUCCUUUUUGUUUUGUGCUUUAUGCUUCUGCGCCUCAUUUACUACCCGUUUUGGAUCCUUUGGAGUACAAGCUAUGAGGUUAUUUUCUUCUUGGACAAGGAAAAGCAUUCUAUAGAUGGACCGAUAUACUAUUAUGUGUUCAAUAGCCUUUUAUUCUCCUUGCUUGUUCUUCACAUUUAUUGGUCGGUGUUGAUGUAUCGGAUGCUUGUCAAGCAAAUCCAAGCAGGAGGACAGAUUAGUGAUGAUGUUCGAUCUGAUUCUGAAGGUGAAGAUGAACAUGAACAUGAACAUGAAGAUUGAUUGGGAAACAAAUUUUACAGCUAGAAUGUGAUGCUGCAAAGAUAUAAAGCAACUUAUGUUUAUACAUUCGAUGUACUCGCUAAAAUGGAAGGAGCAUUGCUCGAAGAGUCUGCCUCUCGUGAUUGGGGGUAUGAUGGCAUGGGAUUCGAAAGCAGGAGCAGGUUGAAGGUUGGCAAAUGUGGAGAAAUUUAAUUCUCCCUCUCAGAUAUGUUUCAUGCAACUUCACCGUCUUAGCCCUGUAGCUUUGAGCCCUACUGGCUCAUAAUUGAUUUGUUGAUAAAGAAGUUACCUUUUAGCUUUGAAUCUUUAGCACUUGGAGCUGAAAAUGAUUUCUUUUGUGGUUUUGGCAAAUAUAUUUAUUUGGUUGUAAUUGGAGUUCUUUCACAUAACACAUUUUGUUAGAUUGAAUUCCCCAAACCAUCUUUUUGUUAGAAAUUUUCUUUUGUAUUUAAAACUUCCAUAAAGAAAUAUACUAAUCUUGGGACUUAGUUAUUA